AUGAUUGAGAAAGGGGUUAAAGACAGAAAAGAUUUGAGUAAUGAUUUGAAUUACAAUGAACUCUUACGAGGUUGUGAUCUGCUAUCGGAAUACCGGACCUGUACCGAAACUUUAAAUGUUACCGACUGUGAUGUCAGUUCACAGCUUAAAGGUUGGACAAUUGUUGAGCUGUAUCUGUGUCAACUGCUAUUGCCAUCGGUGAAGGAGCAUCAGAAGUGUUUUGCAUUGGCUGGCGAUCCACGUUGUUCAACAGGACAGUAA